CACUUCCGUCACAUGGUUACUACCGGGGAAUGAUGGGACACUGUUCUGUUUCUGGUGGGAAAUCGCCCUCUGUGAUGAGCAUGGAAGAAAAAUAAAGAUGAAAGACCUUACAGAUGGGGGUGAGUCGACUUGAUGUGCUUUAUAGAAGGCUUCUCCUGACCAAGCUGUUCAUCCAAGGAUGGGGAAAGCCAGAGGACCUAAAAAGAAUAUUUGAGUUCAGGAAAAUUAUUGGUGACCGAGAGAGGUGUAGGCACCUGGUGCCCAAGGACUAUCCUGUUUACAUUGAUAAGGUAGAGGAUGAAUCCGACUGCAAAAUUCACAAUGGCCAUUUUAUAUCACCCCUGGAGGAGAUUGUGCCCGGUGUCUUGCCAACAGAGUCAAUAAAAGCCAGGUUCCAGUUUAUAGUCCCCAAGAAAUGGAAAAAGCACUACCCCGUGUGCAUACACCUGGCAGGAACAGGUGACCACUUCUACUGGAGGCGACGCACCCUCAUGGCCCGGCCAAUGAUAAAGGAGGCAGGAAUGGCAUCUCUGCUUUUGGAGAACCCAUACUAUGGAUACAGGAAGCCGAAGGACCAGCUACGCUCCAGCCUGAAGAAUGUGUCCGACCUGUUUGUCAUGGGAGGAGCGCUCAUCCUGGAGUCGGCAGUGCUUCUCCACUGGCUGGAGAGGGAGGGCUACUGGCCACUGGGCAUGACGGGCAUCUCCAUGGGCGGCCACAUGGCGUCUUUGGCGGUGACUAACUGGCCCAAGCCCAUUCCCCUGGUGCCAUGCCUCUCUUGGACCACUGCCUCCAGUGUCUUCACCACAGGCGUUUUAAGCAAAGCUGUGAACUGGAGAGAACUGGAGAAGCAGUAUGCCAUGCACACAGUGUAUGAGGAAGAGAUCAUAAGGUUGCUGGAGUAUUGUGGGACCGAUUCAUUCAGGAUGGGCCAGGACUUUGUGAAGUUCUCCCCGGGCAGCUUCGACACACUGUCUGAUCUGGACCUCUCCCACGAGCUGCUGGGCCUGGACCACCAACAGCAGUCGCAGCAGCAGCAGGUGGGCCUGGGCUCCUCGGCUGUGCGCUCGCAGGCAGGAGGUGGCGGUGGAGGAAGCGAGCGCGUGGCCGGAGGGGGGGAGGCGGCGGCGGCAGCGGAGCGCGAGCGCCUGGACCACAUGCUGUCGGCGGUGAGCAGCAGUGGGCCGCACCUGGAGAUGCUCCACGCCAAGAGCAUCUCGGCGCUGCCAGCCGGAGGGGGGGGUCAGGGGGGGGUGGGCCAGCGCCAGUCGCUCCAGAGGGAGUCACUCUACUUCAUGAAGGGAGUCAUGGACGAGUGCACCCACAUCGCCAACUUCUCAGUCCCUGUGGACCCCAGCCUGAUCAUCAUUGUGCUGGCCAAGGAGGAUGCGUAUAUCCCCCGCACCGGCGUGAGGAGUCUGCAGGAGAUCUGGCCUGACUGUGAGGUUCGCUAUCUCAAUGGUGGCCACAUCAGCGCUUAUCUCUUCAAACAGAGACUUUUUAGGCAAGCUAUUUAUGACGCCUUCGACCGGUUUCUUCUAAAGUAUUCCAGUCAUGAGAAGUGAGUUUUAACAAGCAUGCUCUUAACUCAAAAGUAUAAUGUGUGUACAGUGAAGAACAUGGAGAACUUUUGAUGACAUGAGCUAGAGACACAGACGAGCCCUGAAGGAAUCCUCAUUUGAUGGGACAGACGCUGUGUGCUAUGAGCAGCACCAGUGAAUAUUUACAAACAAAAAAGUAGCAUUUAUUUGAAGACAUCCAUCCAUCUAGUUCAUUUCAUCCCUAAUGCCAAUCCACAACUUGUGCUAACUUUGUGUUUUCACUGUUCCUUUUUUUCAAUACCAUACCUCCUUAUCACGGUUGCCUUCCACUGUGUUUAGUACCUUGACUGAAACUACUGGGAAUUGCAGGGAUUUUUUUCAAAUAAAAGUAUUGUAUUUUUGGAUAAAGAUAAAUGGUGCCUCACAAUGACUGUUAAACAAGAAGGUUCCUGCUUAUUCUGUCCCACUCUUUUGGCCCAGUAAGUUUUCUGUUGCCAUCACAUUUAACCCUUGUGUUGCCAUGUUUUGAUGGGUAAAAAAUCCUACUACUGCCAAGUAGUUGUUCAUGAAAGAAAGUGUAUUUUACAAACAAGUUCUACUUAAUAUCUAGAGUAUUAAUAGAUGUUUAUACUAACAAUUUAAAGACAUACCCUUUGUCAUAUUGACUGUUGGACCCGAAGAUAAAAUAUUCCUAAAGCACAUUUAAAUGUCAUUCAUUUGUUUCCUGUUUCUUCACUCGCAAUAAAAUAAAAGCCCAGCUGUGUUGAGUGAGA